AUGACUAUCAACGAGAUUCGCAAUCAUGGAUACUGGAUUGUUGGGUGUCGUUCAACAGUGUCGUCCCUGAUCCAAAACUGCGUUACGUGCAAAAAACUGAGAGGAAGAAGAGUGUCACAAAAAAUGGCAAACCUCCCAGAAGAUAGGACAGAACCCUCUCCACCAUUUACCCACUGUGGACUGGACUGUUUUGGGCAGUUUAUAGUCAAAGAAGGACGAAAGGAGCUGAAGAGAUAUGGGUUAAUCUUCACGUGCCUCGCAUCAAGAGCUGUUCAUAUUGAGGACUUAGAUUAUAUGUCUACAGAUUCAUUCAUCAAUGCAUUGAGAUGCCUUAUUGCCAUUCGAGGAAAGGUCCUCAUGAUUCGCUGUGACCAAGGAACCAACUUUGUUGGUGCGAGUCAUGAACUGAAGGAGAAUCUUAACAAGUUAAACAUUGAUAGUAUCGCAAGAAAACUUCUCUCCCAAAAUUGUGAGUUCUUAUUUAACACCCCUUCAUCAAGCCACAUGGGCGGAGUAUGGGAGAGGCAGAUCCGGACUAUCAGAAGUGUCUCAGAUGGAAUCCUGAUCCAGAAUGGAACCCAGCUGAACACAUCAGCUUUGCGUACAUUCCUGUUUGAGACAAUGGCCAUAAUCAACAGCAGACCACUGACUGUGGAUGAUUUGGAAGACCCUAACGGGCCCCUUCCUCUAUCGCCAAACAAUAUCCUCACAAUGAAGUCUGGAAUUGUCACCCCUCCACCUCCUGGAGAUUUUUCCCAAAGCCCACUGAAAGAAGAAGAGUGGGAAGAGUUGGUAAAUACGAUUGAUCCUCUAAGAGAUAACACGUGUGGUAUUUCCGUAUUUGAAGAUGUUGUUAAUUUUGUUGACACUUUGUUGGGAAACAGACCAUAG